AUGUUCGACCAGAGGGGAAUCUUCUACAGCACAUUCAAGAACAACCCACGUUUCAGUCUGACGCCUGACUUUCACCUAAUCCUUUCAUAUUUGCGAGUUCCUGACACGGCAACGUACUAUUGCGCUUCAAGCCAACACUACGAGCUAAAUUUUGCCAAUGGGACAAACGGGAUUGUCAAAGGAACUGGCUUAAACACAGGAAGAAGCAAAGACUUGGAAGCCGCUGCAGUGUCCCAGGUUCUCUACUGCAGCGUCAGGACGGAGAGUUGUCUCGGAUCACGAGGAGUUCUCUGGUUUAAACAGUUUGAAGAAUCGAUGAUGGGCGUCAUCUACGGUGCGUGUGCGAGCAACAAGGAGAAUCCCAACACAUGUUUGUUCGACCUCUCAGUUCAAUAUGUGAGCUCAGAGCAGACUGGGGCGGCCGACUGCGCUGCUGUCACCUGCGGACACCAGCUCAUUGGGAAUCGAACCAAAAUGAUUUGA